AUGUCCGCUGUGGCACUCCCUACUCUCCAGCUUCGCCGGGGCGAUGUAUGUACCGAGCUCCUAACUGGUUCCCGCGUCUCCGUCGGGCGGCAAAUGCUCGAGUUCCUGUUUCUCCAUGCGACAUUACCCCAGGCAAAGCACCUGCACCGUGUGGCUGAUUUUAUCUCGGGGAUUGCAGGAGUAUAUACCAUCGAGGCGCAUUUCAGCCUGGUCCGUGGCCCACUCACUUCCUUGGAUACCUCGACGGCGAACACCGUUCACAACCUAGCGGCGUUCCUAAACUCCAUCGCCCAGACGAGCUGUAUCAAUCUUCUUUUGAAGGAGGACGAUAUGCCUCAUUUCCUGCCUUACUCGUUCGGUUCGGGAAACUCUCAGGCGCCCCUUCCGCUGGCCCCCGUCACCACGCUGAGGGAACUCUUCAUCAAGAUGCCCGUGAUGUUUACCUUUGCAUUCCGGGACUGGAUUGUGGACUCCAUUAAUGCUAGUCCUCUCGUGGCUCUUACCGUGUCGGCUGAAGGGCUCGGGAGCGAGACAUGGAACGAGGUCUUGACGCAGCUACACCCACAGCAUCUCAGAAAACUCACUUUGUCUCUUCCCGAGAUCAGUUACAAGGACCUGUGCGCGUUUCUAUCCAGGCUGCCCACUCUUACAGUCCUUGCUUUGCGGGAUAGUCCGGCGAGCUUCGUUCGAGGUGGAGCCUUGAGUCAGUCGGGCAUCAGUCUCACCUCCCUUCGGCGUUUAAGCUGCCCGCCGAGGGCUCUGGCGAACCUUCUGGGAAGCACCCUUGAGUUCCCUGCCCUGUCCUCGAUCACCAUCCACCCGGAAUCCAGGCAAGAUGGCUGCUCACUUAAGAGAUGGACUGCGGCAUUACGCGCCUUAGGAAGGCGACAAUUUCGCCACGAACUCGAACUUACGCUUAUAUUAGGCAAGAGGAACCACAGCUUCCCCGAGAAGGGAGAAAGCGAUGCUAUCGGACUCGUACGCGGGGUUUUAGAGAUCAUCCUGGACUUAACAUUCAGCCCGAGUCUCCGAGACAUCGUUCCGCACUACCUGCAAGCAUGGCUCUCGCCCUUUUCCAUUCCUGACGUCGACAACAUUCUUUUGAAGGGCCAUGGGACGAGGAGCAGCCAAUUGUCGGACUAUAUGGAGACCACCUUUCCAAGUGCAGUGGUGAUAUUUGCAUGA